CAAACAGACAUACCUAUUUCUUCUCCCAACCAAAACUCCAUUUCCAUCCCUCCCUCAAAUCACUCUUCUCUUCUCUCUCUACAAACUCCACCCACAAAAUGUGUAUAUAUGCAGAUACACACUGCAAGUCCUCUACCUACCUACUCAUUUAGAGACUUGUUAUACCCUAAAAAGUUCACACUAGUCUUACAUAUUUCUAAUAAGUUUUUAAUGAGAGAGCGAAGGCACCAACAAGUCCUACGCCUCACCUUGCCUCCACCGGGCCUCUCUCUCAACCCGUCGCCGCUCUCAUCCGCAAGCCGCUCCACCUCCCCCGGCAUCUCGGAGCUCAAGAAGCUCUCCGUUCUCGGCCGUGGCAGCGGCGGCACCGUCUACAAGGUCUCCCACAAGCAAACCGGCGCAAUCUACGCCUUGAAGGUGGUGCGGGGUGAUCAGGAUGAUGACGACGAUCUAGAAGCAGGGGCUCGCGAGGCGGAGAUUCUGCGGCGAGUGGACUCAUCGGAACACGUGGUGAGGUAUGUGGGAGUGUUCAACGGCGGGUUGAAGGAGGUGGAGGGCGGCGUAGGAGGAGGAGGAGGACUCUGCUUAGUGAUGGAGUACAUGGACGCCGGAUCGCUGCAUGAUAUACUGCGCAGGAAGAAGAGGCUGCCGGAGCACAUCAUUUCAGGGGUGGUGAAAAGCGUGCUCAAAGGCCUACAGUAUUUGCAUGGGCUCGGAAUAGUCCACGGCGAUGUCAAGCCGUCGAAUCUGCUCGUGAAUACGAGGGGGCAAGUCAAGCUAGCUGAUUUCGGGGCGGCGGCUGCAGUUAGGGACGGAGCCAAGCCUCGGACACGACCUGAUGAUCGUCUGGAGGUUCAUGGGCGAGCGUGUAGAGGGACUUGUCCGUACAUGAGCCCGGAGAGGAUGGAUCCGGAGAUGUGGGACGGCGAGCGGUGCGACGGCUACGCCGGGGAUGUGUGGUCGCUUGGGGUGGUGGCGAUGGAGUGCUACGUGGGGCGCUUCCCGUUGGUGGGGCCCGGGCAGAAGCUCGAUUGGGUGACGUUGAUGUGCGCCGUUUGCUUUGGGGAUGACGUGGAGAGAAUGGUGAAGAUGGGGUCGCCGGAGUUUGAGAGUUUUUGUCGGAGGUGUUUGGAGAGGCAUUGGAGGAGAAGAGGGACUGCCGACGAACUUCUUCUUCAUCCUUUUCUUGAUAAAUCGCAAACUAUUGGUAUUGAUCAUCAGGAUAUUAUUUCGUAUAUUAAUUUGAGUGAAAUUGAUUGAAUGAAA